GAGCAACGCGGUGGCGCAGUAGCAACAUCAGCAACAGCAGCAGCGGCGGCGGCGGCGGCGGCGGCGGCAGCGGCAGCGGUAACCGGCAAACAAGCAUCGGUGUUCUACUCUAUUCGGGUUUGUGAAGGGGACGACGACGCAAGCGACCGAACGACCGACGGCACCGUCGGAACGGCGAAAAAGGGGCUGAGGGGAGGCCAGAGGGCAUUAAGAGCCGACGAAGAGAGGAGUAGGGAACAAAAACGACGCAACCGACUGUAAGCUCCGCCCUUCGGGCACGCGUGAGGGGAUACGGCGUGGGCCGUGCCAGCGUCUGAUUGGCACUUCGAACCGAGAGGGGUCAAAUCACUAGGGUGCCCAAGUGACUCGACCAAUCGGCGAACGUUAAGCUGUCUUUUUUCUCCAACUACUUUUUUUUCACUUUUUUUUCAUUAAAGUAUUUAUGCCAAAGGACGGGAAGAGCGGAGUCGCCUCGACGGCAGGAGGACACACUCUUGUUUCGGGAUCCGUCGAGGUAGUACGUGUUUCGUUCGUUCGUCCGUACGUACGUUCGUUCGUACAGUUUGUCGUUUCACGGGGGGGACAGAUAGGAGAAGAUACGCGAGGAAGAAACUCAAUGUAACCACAGAAAACCGUCCUCUCUAAAGAAGACUCAGUGAGUUGAUCGUGUGAUUAAAAGAAAAAAUAAAGAUAAUAAACCUGAACAUCGUCGAGGUCCGUGUAAUUGUACGUUCGUUAAAUAACCUACACAAAUAUAAACGGCGUCCGGCUGUUGUGUGAAUUUACAAAUACGUUACGUAUAAAAGCGAACGUUUUUCGCGCGCGUGCGCUUGUGUGUAGUUUUUAGUAUAACUCACACAUAGAAAACUGGUGUAUAUUAUUCUGUGUGGUAAUCAGUGAUCCAAAGGUUCGUGUGUUGGUGAGGGUUCUUCUUUCUCUCUCUAUCGUCAUCGGUUUGCCGGUGUGCUCUUGCUGCUGCUGCUGCUGCCUGCCGUUUCAGAGUGGGAUUAUUAAAGCUACUCUACUUACUACGGAGCGCGAGUGUUUUGUCGUGUGUAACUGUGUUAUAUACCCUGUUUCGUAAGUGUGUGCUGUGUGUGUAUGACAGAACGUCGCAGCCGAGGAUACGGUGUUGUCGGAUUUUAGUUACCUCAUUAUUACCCCUUAUAACGACCGUCCCGAAGCCGCUGAAAACUAUUCGGCCAAGUGUUGAAUCUACGUUAUUGGAUACGCGCAUCACAGUGCCGAAAGUGUAUCGAUAUAUCGGCGAAAUUCGACAUUUGGAUACAUCGUUAACAGGACGUGGCAACGCCGCGUCAUUUUCUGGGGGCUUGGGGUGGCAGGCAGCGCAGCCAGAGGCAGGCUAGCCAGGCAGGCAGCUUUCUUGUUUCGAGGAUCGGCGGCGCUGCUCUUUGUCGUCGAUCUCUGUCGCGCCUGGGCUCCCCGCGUACCGUUGAGAGCUUCUCUCCCCCCUCGCCCUUCACUUCGGCCCGCUUCUGCCCCCUGCACCCUUCUUCGUCGUUCUCUCUUCCGCCGAUUCCCUCCCGCCCCACUCCAAUUCUCUCUCGUCGGGCGAGUCCAUCCUACGAGGUUCGAGGGGAGGUCGGUAGACCUUGUCGCUAGUCUGCUGUCGUUCGGAGAAUGUACUAGACGCCGAACGGCAACCGGGUUGUACGCAGCGUUCUACACGAUUCACUUAUUUUUAUAACAUAUAUAACAGUUUUAUUCGUGGACUUUAAUACCCGCUUUUAACUGAACAUCAAACACUAAUAAUUAACUAUUCGCGUACGCGUUUAUUCAGCUCGAUUUAUUGACCUGUUUAGAGCGCAUCCACCACCAGUGUAUCCGCCGGCCAUGUUUGGUGUUUACGCGAGGGGGAAUCGCUGACGUCACACUCGACGAACUCUCCCGAGAACCGGCGGGGAAUACAGAAAACGUGUUGCCGGCUACGGCUGCCUACCGUCGUUCUCUCGUCGUAUAUACAUACGUGAAACGACGUUACUACCAUAUAUAUAUACUCUUUACCGAAUUGCAACGGACAUACGUCGCUUUUCGUUAUUCAAAUACUCGACCUGCAGCGGGGCUCGGUCGUCGUGCGACCACGAACGACCGGAAGAUAGGAAAAGCGUCGCGUUUCUCCCCGUGGAUUCUUCGGGAUUGACGAUAAACAAACACACCGUUCGUUAUUUCAUUCGAACGGUCCACGAAGGCCGCGAAGGCAGCAACGCAUUGAAUAACGUAUACCGAUGGACGUAAGGGUGCCACCGGUAGUUGCUGGAUUUACUACUACUCACUACCCCUACCAAAAACGUUGAACAUGCUGAUCAGGAGCUGAACUGACGAACCGAACGGAGAAUCGUAUACUCGAAAUCGUUUCUUCGUGCGUCUGUGUUCGUUUGUUUUGUUGUGUCGUUGUUGGUUUUUUUUAUUUUAUGUUCCUUGGUUUCGUUGUGUUUUUAUUGUGGUAUCCGGAGACGUGCGCACUGUUGUGUUUAUCACACGUGCGCGAGUUUCAUCGAUGUCCCCUCGAUUGACUGUCGCGCGGAAAAUAGUUUUGACAUCCGCCGAAAAAAGUGGUCCCGGUUGUUACUUAUGUGAAAAGUGAACUAACGAUCAAAUAAAAGGUGCACAAUUUUCGUGAAACAGUGUACUCGUAAAAACAUAGUUAAAUAUUAGCGAAAGACGUCCCGCCAACUUCUGCCGGAUUUGGAUAUAUAAAAUAAAGUGUUGAGAUUUGUGAACAACCGUUUUACCGAUAAGGAUUAAACAUGGAUUUAGGAGACAGAGUUUACGCCGCCGAAAGGAUUAUGAAGAAAAGGGUGAGGCGGGGAAAGGUCGAAUACUUCGUCAAAUGGAAGGGUUGGAGCCAAAGGCACAGCACUUGGGAGCCAGAAGAGAACAUUUUAGAUGUCAGGCUGAUCGAACUGUUCGAAGAAAGCCAAAGAGGUGAUGCCGUCACAAGGAGACCUAGGAGAAGGGACGCCAGAUAUAAUGUCCUAGCAAACCUUGACGUUCGAGAAGAACCUGGUGGUGAUGAAAGAGUCGGUGAAGAUAGUCAGGACGAGUCGACGACAGGCAGCACCUCUGCUGCCCUACUAAACCCAAUCACACAUGACGAAGAUACACUCCAGAGUUCUCUAGAUGGUCAUGAAUCUCCUACGCCUCCUGAGUUGUCCACUCUAAGUGUUGACUCGGACAGUUCUAGCAGCAGUGCUGACGUACCGCUCUUACCAAGGAGAGAGCCUGCUGGAACUAAAAGAAAAGCUGAAGUUCUCAGUAAAGAAUCUGGCAAAAUUGGGGUCACAAUUACAACUAGCAGUCCAAGCAGUGGCAGCGGUAGCCCACCCCCGAAUAAAAUUCCAAGGCUACUUCCUCUCAAGUCAAAUACAACAUCGCCAUCCUAUCAUCCUCACAAAGUAAAUGGUAGGAGACCCUCAUCUUCUAGUGUAAAAUCAACCCCAGAAGAGCCUUUGCCAGCGGUACCUACAACUUUGGCCCCUGCUACGCAAGACAAAAAGAGACCCGAGGCUGAUGUUCCUCAUGGUCCGUUGCCGUCUCUUCCAAGAGCUCCUUCGGCUCCAUUAUCACCUCAACUGGAUACCCCUUUAGAACCACAACAGCCGACAAAGAAGAAGAUCUUGGUCGCAGAUCACAAGCUUGAUAAACUUGACAAACCAAAUGGGAGUUCUGUUACUCUCGAUGGAACAAAUGGGCAUAAGUCACCAACGCCAACAGAUUCUUACACUAACAAUAACAGGUUACCUACCGUUGUAAACGGGCAUCAUAGUCAUAAUAAUAAUAAUAAUAACAAUAAUAACAAUGCUCCAAGCAUUAAACAGCAAACAGAAAUAUCAUCUAAACCGGAAAUUUACGUUCCUCUGACGAGUCCAGGUACCGAUUAUUGGCACGCCAGAAAUCCCGUUGCAGAUCAGGUAUUCAUUACGGAUGUUACGGUUAACUUGAAAACUGUCACAAUCAGGGAAUGCAAGACUGAAAAAGGAUUUUUUAGGGAAAGAGAUCCGAAGAGUGACAUCUUUUAACAACUCAAUUGAUAAAAUAUUCUUUAUAUGAUUUUCAGUCAGGAUUUAGAAAGAACUAUAGUGAAAUUUUUCCGAUCAAAAUCAAACUUACAAGGUUUGCAUUACAUUGUUUUUAAACCUACUGGGACGUGCGGAUUAGACCCGGUUAAGGUUAAGAACCUAACGAUGAUCAGAGUUGUUCAACUCGAAUAAAUUGACUUGGAAUUUUGUGGUUGUUCACGACUCGUUUAUCUGUUUCUGUGUAAUACUUCUGGAUCAAUUCAUUGAAGAGUGACUUGUGAAUGCCGCUUGAAAAAUUUUCAGUGCACGAUCUAGAAGUAGUUCUAGAUAAGAUCUCAAAUCGCCUAGCCAUUUAGACUGACAGAAAAAAAUGUAGGUAUAGAGAGAGGACGAUUUCCAAUGCGACUAUGAUACCAUUCCAUACUUUCGAUUUCGACGGGUAACGAAACCGUUACGUUUUAUUAUGUAAAUAAAUACGAAACUGAUGAUCCCGUCUAUAUUGAAUCGUAAUAUUGAGUGUUAAAGUAUCUCAAAGCAGAUAAAAUAUCUGGGCAACGUAUCGAGUGGUAUCAAAAUGUAAAUAUUGUGGUAUCGUUUUCCUUCUAAUCAAGCGAUCAAUUUGAUCCUGAAUUCGUCGAGAUUCAAAGAGGCAAUUACUGCUUACAGUUGAUUAACUGCACGCUCUCAAAUUACUGCGAAGAUCUGAAAAUCUGCGCUAUUGAUUUCUUAUUUUCUUUUAUUCCUCUUUCAAAUACAAGCUAUAAGCACGAUUGAAUAGAAUUUCGACUGUGAGUUGCUAGUAUCUUGAAUUACGUGAAUUUGGAAAAGAGAUCGGACGAGUUAAUCUAAUAGGCAAAUCCGUCUUAUACACGCCUAAUAAUUGGCCUUAAAGAUGUGCAGCUAUUGCGCUGCUUUAUGAAUCGGAAUUCAGGAAUAACGUGAGUAUUCUUUUUUUCAAUCGAUUUCAACUGUAAAUACAGCUAAUAACGCACCACAGAUUCAACCGAUUACUAUUUAUUUGCUGUGCUGCAAAAUUUUUCGGCCGGCUCGGCCUAUCGGACCGAAUUUUAAUCUUAUGAAAAUAGUGGCUGCGGAGUUUUAAAUCCUGAGAUGAUACUGAAAUGUUUUUCGAUUGUGGCAACUAUCAUCCACGUCACCAAUAUAUUUUCACAUUAAUUUUAACGAUAUUUUAUGAGCUUGCUGAUCCGUUUUUUAUACUUCGAUGAAUUGAUCUAAGUUUUUUAGUCAUUUGAUGAACAAUGAUUGAUCAUGUGGUCGUAUAGAUGGUUUUCUGAUCGAACUGUUGUGUUAUAAAAGAAUAUGGAAGCUAAUUUUUUUUCCCUUUUUUUUUUUAAUAAUUCUUUUUUAAUUCAAUCACAAUUUUUAUAAUUCACGGAUCGUCUUGUGCAUUUUGACGCGCGCCCUCAGAACCAGUGAAUCAGUGAUAAUAUGCGUACAUAGACACAUACAUAACUAUACAUAUUAUGAAGCUGAUUAUAUGUGUUGCUUAUUUAUUAUUACUACGUUUAUUAUAAUUAGAAUUUCUUGCACUCGCGGCUUGAAAUUUAUCAUACAAUGUAGAUAAAUGGUUCUAAUGGUAAUCGGACUUCCCAUAAAUACUUGGGCCGAUACACGAUACGAAUCUUUAUUAAUUGUAAAAUCCAAUAUUUCAAUCUUCUCGAUAUUGAGAAGUUGUUUGAUUUACGGUGUAUAUACGGAAGAAUAGUACAGGUGACAUUUUUGAAUGUGCUAAUACUUGACGAUUUUAUUGAAUUGCUUUUUUUUCUAUCAUUAGGAGUAAAUUAUGGGAAGUCUUUUUAUUAGGCUGCCCCUUGGAAGGGGAGGAAAUAAAUAAAUAAAUGAAUAUAUGAGUGAAUAAAUGAAUUAAACAAAAAAAAUGGAAAUAAUAAUAUGAAUAAUAAUAAUUAUCUCCUAUUACUAAUUGAUCGCGCAUUAGUGAUAAAGAAAAAAAAUUAAAUAAAAUGAAAUCGUGAAUGUAUUUAAAUGUAUAUUUAGAAAAUGGUAUGUAAAAAUUGUAAAUAGGAAGAAGCCGAACAAAAAAAGUAAGACGAAAAAAAAUACAAUCCCAUGUAAUUUGUGAUGUAAGUUGCGGUGACAAAUGGUGAAUAAUGAAAAACAAACAGAAUAUAAUACAAGUUAGAAUUAGUAUUUUCAGUUAUCAAUUGUAAAUAGGAAAAAGAAAAGAAAGAAAAAUCAACAAAAAACAAUAAAGGUAUCCUCCUAAUUUGUAAAUUUAAGAAGUGGUGACAAGAAAUGAACCCAACUAGAUUUAGAAUUUUGAAAUAGACUGUGCCCGUACCUUCAUAUUGUUUCUGUACUUAUAGAUACAUCAUCCUGUACAACACCUAAAACUCGAGAAACAAAUAACCUAAAACCUACACAAAAUGUGAAACCCCGAUAGUACCAAAUCCAACAGUAAUUUUAGUUCUGUCUGGUACAGAUUCCUUAUAUUUCAAUAAAAUCUUUACUUGAUAAA